CACGCGCCGGCAAAAGGAAGGCUUGGCCUGUUUCCGGGUGGCGCGUGGGGCUCCCGGCCGAGAACUGCCCUUGCCACCACCAACAUGGAGACCUUGUACCGAGUGCCGUUUUUGGUGCUUGAAUGCCCCAACCUGAAGCUGAAGAAGCCGCCCUGGGUGCACAUGCCCUCGGCCAUGACGGUGUACGCUCUGGUGGUGGUGUCUUACUUCCUCAUCACCGGAGGAAUCAUUUAUGAUGUCAUUGUUGAACCUCCAAGUGUUGGCUCUAUGACGGAUGAACAUGGGCAUCAGAGACCGGUAGCUUUCUUGGCCUACAGAGUAAAUGGACAAUAUAUUAUGGAGGGACUCGCAUCCAGCUUCCUGUUUACAAUGGGAGGUUUAGGUUUCAUAAUCCUCGACCGAUCCAAUGCACCAAACAUUCCAAAACUCAAUAGAUUUCUUCUUCUAUUCAUUGGAUUCGUCUGUGUCCUAUUGAGUUUUUUCAUGGCUAGAGUAUUCAUGAGAAUGAAACUGCCGGGUUAUCUGAUGGGUUAGAGUACCUUUUUGAGAAGAAAUUCGUGGAUAUUGGAUUUGCUCCUGUUCAUGAAGUUUUAAAGGCUGUACCAAUCCUCUGAUGUGAAAUAUAGAAAAGGAUGAAAAGCCGCAGAAAAGAAGCAUCUAGUGGAAAACAUGGGAAGCAUAUUAAAGCUCGGAUUACAAUAUCUUCUUGGUAUUGAAGAGAGAAGCUUAUCAUAGUAUUUUUUUCCUGCUGACCUAUACUGACGUACCAACAAUGUUAAGUAGCACUUCUCAGUUUUUCAUUUCUUAAGGAAAAUAUACUCCAUUUCUACAACUAUAAUUUUGAAUAGAGUGAUUCUUUUUUACAACCCCCUUUACAUUUUUUGGAGAUGACAUUUCUGAUUUUCAGAAAUUAAUGUAACAGGAAGCUGAGAACUCUGGACAGCUGAUCAGCUUUACCUAUGGUGCUUUGCCUUUAAACGGUGUGUGACAGUACAUUAUUUCAGAUACGUAUGUAAGACUGUUUCCUGAACAUUUAGGUGUAUGAAAGGAGCAGAAAUAAAUAAUUUUCUAAUGAA